CCAACCAUACCCACUCGCAGAUUACCCACAAAUGGUUUUUCUCAGAACCCUCCGUUCUCACCAUUUCCACACACUCCUAAACCCCAAAACCCUCCUCCUUCCCAAUACUUGAAAAACCCUACAACCCAAUUCUUCCACAGACCCAUUUCGCUUUCCGCACAAUUCAAAUCCGAAUCGAUCAGCAAUCAGCAGACAAAGAAGCCCUUGCACGUUCUGUUCAAGGAAGCCGUUGGAUUAUCCCAAAAAAUCGAACCCAUUGAAGCCGAGAACGAACCCGAAACCAAUGAAUUGAAGAAGAGAUUGAGAAAAUUGGAGGAAGAAGUGAGGAGGUUGAAAGAGAAUAGUAGUGAGAAAGUAAGAGUAGAGAAAUUGAAGAAAAAGAAGAUUGAGAAUGAUGAGUCUAGUUCUAAGAGCUUGUACGCCUUGUUUGCGAAUAAAGGAGGUGAUAGUGAGAAAUCUAGGAUUGUGGAGUCUUUGAGGAUGGAGGAUCAAAUGGUGUACAAAGAGCUUUCACUCGAAUUGGCUCUAUUUGCGAAGCAUUUGUACAAAGAAGGCUACUUUGUUAAUGCUAAUUUCUUGCCCAAUAACAAGUUUGAUAUUACUUGUUUUGUGAACAGUUAUGGCCGUGAUUUUAUUAGGUAUGCCGCAGAGAAGUUUGGCAAGGAUAACCAAGAAAUUGUAAAGAACAAUUCUUUGCCAUCACUUUUUUCUUUAUAUCUAUAGUUUGUUGUAUGUUUCCCAUUACAUUAAUGUAAUAGUUUAUCUACUUUUGUUUGAAUGGUGAUGAUUGUUUUCUAGCAUUAAGCUUUCAAAUAUUAAUGUCAACAAUUAAAAAUAGGGUUGAAAACAAGCCGAGUAGUAGUAGUAGUAGCAGUAGGUUGUUUAAACUUGGUUUAAUAAUCAUACGAGCUUAAACUUAUGUUCAAGUUUGGUUUGUUUACAUAAGGAGCCGAUCUCGAACGGGAUUUUAACGAGCCAAACACAAGUCGGGCUCGAGUAGCUUGGAUUUUUAUAGUAUAUAUAAGCUUAUCGAACCAAGUAA